AUGGCAUCUAUAAGUCAAGAGCAGCUAAAAAUCAUCGAGCAAACUCGACAAAGGCUGGUUAACUUGACCCAGUCAUUAGGCUCACUUGUCAACAAUAUCUCCCAGAGCCAGCCACUUCCAGCUUGGUCAUCACUUCAGUCACAAGCUACAAUAAUAUCGAAUAACCUGCUUACAAUCGCCCAGCUGCUUCAUGAGCAUCGCGAUCUAUUCACGUCUCUAGUCGUUUAUCCAACGCCCACCUUCCCCGGCAGGACAGAGUCCUCUAUGCUCAAUCAACUUAUGCGAACAAAACUAGAGCCACGGGUAGAAGAUUGGCUAGCGCACGGCCGAUCGGUAGGAAAAGAGGCUCUCGAGCUAUCCAGUGGUGACCAACAAAAGCUUACGAUUAGCAAUGCUUCAACUUUUGAAAGUGAUGCUAAUACACAGCGAUUAUCUCGAGAAGACUUGCAGGCUUUGUGGGAAUGGGCGCCGAUUGAAGCUAAUAUGGAAGCUAGAAGGAGAAAUUGGGGCGGCGACUAUACAAUCGAGGAGAAGGAAGCUGGGUUAAGCAAUGUGAUUACAGGAUUGACUAGGAAAUUAAACGAGAAUGUCGAGGGUGCGGCUGGACGAGAUUUUGACGAGUCCGAUGACGAGGACGAGGUGAUGGAGGGUACUGGGGAGGAGACCAAGCCUAGUGCUGCCCUCCUGACCAAGGAAUCUACUACCAUGCCUCUCGAUGAUUUCUUCCGAUAUAUGAUGACUGGCGCGGAGCCACUGCGACAUUGA